AUGAAACUAGAAAAAGUAGCAUUGGUAGGCUCUGGUAAUUGGGGGUCAGCCAUCGCAAAAAUCAUCGGAAACAAUGUGCAAUUAUAUCCGGAAUUCGAUAAUGAAGUAAAGAUGUGGGUGUAUGAGGAAUUUAUUAAUGGGCAGAAAUUGACAGAUAUAAUAAACGAGAAAAAUGAAAAUGUUAAAUAUCUUCCCGGUAUUAAAUUGUCGAGUAAUAUAAAAGCAGUUCCAGAUUUAUUGGAGACUGUACGUGAUGCUACGAUAUUGGUCUUUGUUAUUCCACAUCAGUUUGUAAAAGGAGUUUGCAAUCAACUUAAAGGACAGAUUCUCCCACAUGCUAAGGCAAUCUCCCUAAUUAAAGGUUUCGACGUGAAUGAAACAGGAAUCUGCCCAAUGACAGAAGUAAUUGCUAAAACUCUAAAUAUCAAUGUAUCAUCAUUAAGUGGGGCGAACAUUGCCAAUGAAAUCGCCGAAGAAAAUUUCUCAGAAACCACGAUCGGAUACCGUGUUCGCGAAGAAGGUGAACUUUAUAAACGCCUCUUCGAGACACCUUAUUUUCGCGUGGGAAUCAUCGAUGAUGUCAUUGGCGUGGAACUUUGUGGCGCGUUAAAGAAUGUGGUUGCUAUUGCGGCUGGUAUUAUUGAUGGCCUAAGAUUGGGUGAUAAUGCAAAGGCGGCUAUUAUUCGAAUUGGCCUAUUGGAGAUGAAAAAAUUUGUGCAGACAUUUUAUAGGGGGAUAAAGGAAGAAACAUUUUUUGAAAGUUGUGGUAUUGCUGAUGUUAUCACUACUAGUUAUGGUGGAAGAAAUAGAAGAGUGGCGGAAGCAUUUGUCAUCACACGAAAGCCUUUUGAGCAUCUAGAAAAAGAACUAUUAGCAGGACAAAAACUUCAAGGAACACUCACUGCUCAAGAAAUCAAUCACGUGUUAAGAAGAAAAGGACUUGAGAACGAAUACAAAUUAUUUACGACCGUCUAUCGUAUUGCAUAUCAAGGUCUACCUCCAGAGAGAUUGGUUAAAGAAAUCAUAUAA